CCACUAAAAUGAGGGUGGAUCUCGGUAUAUAAAGGCCUCCAAUUGUGGAGCAGGAGUCAGGUGAAGCUUCAGUCGCAUCAGCAUGAGAUUCAUAACAGUCCUGUCUGCUUCGCUCUUGGUGGCUAUUGUGGCCAUCGGCCAGGCGGAUGACAGCAGUCCAGGAUUCUUCCUAAAGAUCACCAAGAACGUGCCGCGGCUGGGCAAGCGAGGGGAGAACUUUUCCCUCAAGAACCUGAAGACCAUUCCUCGCAUAGGACGAAGUGAACACAGCUCUGUGACUCCUCUGCUGGCCUGGCUAUGGGAUCUGGAUACGAGUCCCAGCAAGCGGCGCCUGCCCGCAGGAGAAUCCGCGACGAAGGAGCAGGAACUUAACGUGGUGCAGCCCGUCAACUCGAACACGCUGCUUGAGCUGCUCGACAACAACGCUAUUCCCAGCGAGCAGGUGAAGUUCGUCCACUGGAAGGACUUCGACCGUGCCCUCCAGGUGGAUGCGGAUCUUUACAGCAAGGUUAUCCAGCUGGGCCGCCGUCCGGACCGGCACCUCAAGCAGACUCUCAGCUUCGGCAGCUUCGUUCCCAUCUUCGGCGACGACCAGAACCCGGACUUCAUGAUGUACAAGAACAACGAGGAUCAGGAACUGUACGGCGGGGGAAAUCGCUACGAUCGCAACUUCCUCAAGUACAACACCCUGUGA